CCAGCUAGCAAAAAAUAUCCGCACGGCUUCUUUUUGCCGCCGGCCCUAAGCUGUCGGCUAUAGGUGCGUCCCGCUGGCGGGGAUGAAACGUUUGCCGCCGAAUACGUCACUCCCAUUUCUUGCGAGAUGCCGCCGGCGAAAAGCCGGCGGGCCGACUGCUUCAUUUUCUUUGGCGGUUGCCUCCGUCUAAUGGACCGCGGCCGGCUGGCGGCAAGCCGCUUUGAAAUGCAAGGAUUUCUACUAAAAUCGACCAGCAGCCAAGGCUAUGUUUAGCAUGUUGGGAGUUAGAAUGGAAGUGGAACUGACAGCAUUUUAACUACUUUUCACAUCUGAAGCGAUUAUAAAAUCAUAAUAGCCUAUAUGUGAAUUAAAUCCCAUAUUAUUAUUAUUAUUUUUUUUUUUUUUAAGCCAUUAGGGUUUAUUCUUGACUCUUGAUUCCAUGAUAAGGUACGGUUUAGGAAAUUACAUUUAAAUUACUUUGAAACUCUGAAGCGAUAGAGUAGCCUAAUAGGCUAUAUGUAAAAUUAUUUUAUGCACUUAGGUGAAAAUUGUUUACAUUUCUUUGAUUUAUGCACAAUUGAGACAUGCAUAAACCAAAAAUAAUUCCUUUUGUAAAACUUACUUGGCAAUAAAUAUCUUUCUGAUUCUGAUUAGGUUUUAAAAUAGAUAUUUAAUUCAUGGUAUGAACAAUUUAGCUGAAUAAAUUGAUGAAGUUAGACUUUUCACUAAUGCCUGGCUACAUCAGUGAACAGUGAAAGACAUCUGCAACAUGGCCAAAAUCUUGGGUAGGUCUAUACUUUAUAAUUUUUUAUUAAUUUGCAACCAUGGUAAUAGCCUAUCAUAAACAGGAAAAUCUCUGUUUUGACCUGAUCAGAAGGAUAAACUAAAAUCUAAAAGCUCCUCUGGUUUCACAGCUGCACUGGCAGAUUUAUGAAAUAUUUAGAAAUAUUUCGUCUUUCUGCCAUUCCAGGAAAUGUCAUUUAUGUCUUUCAUUUUUUUCCAACCUCGAUUUUUUUUUUUUUUUUUUUUGACUUUUUACAUGUAUAAGGGAUUAAUUUGCAAUUGCGACCUGUACAAAUGUUUAAGACAGUAAAACACUUAAAAAAAUGUAAACACAUUAUAAAUGUUAGAAAGUAUAGGUUUUCACCAUUGCUGUGUUCAGGAUUUUUUUUGGGGCGGAGCUAAAACGGUGGCUCGAUGACGCACUGGAGCCACUGAGCUCCUGGCCCCUCCCCAAACAACAUAACUAGAGCACACAUUCGCGUCAGUUCGCCGUUCAAUCGCGAGUUUCUGUGGACUACCAUCGUUUAAAUACCUUGACCGGAGCAUAACUGGUUAACUUCACACAAGAGACCUACUGUUGGACAAUCGUUUUGGCUUUAAAGCACAGAAGAUAGUGAGGAGGAAGAGGAUUGCCUAAGGACACAAUUGGCAGGGUGGGCUAUUGACAACAUGAUCCCCCAUGUGGCACUGGGUAAGCUUUUAACCAUUUUGUCCAAGGAUCAUCCAACCCUUCCUAAAGACCCAAGAACCCUUCUGAAAACAGUGACUUGUGUUAAAACAACAGAACUCUCAGGUGGUGUAUACCAUCACUCUGGAAUUGAAAGUGGAAUACUAUCACAGUUUUUAGUGUCUCCUGAAUUGCAGAAGUUGACGUCAGUUUCAAUGCAAGUUAAUGUUGAUGGACUUCCACUUUUCAAAAGCUCAAAUGCCCAGUUCUGGCCAGUUCUUGGUUUAAUUGAGCAAUACGUGUGUAAUGUCCAACAAAACAAACUUCCAUUUGUCAUUGGUCUCUAUUAUGGGAAGAAGAAGCCAAGCAGCCUUCACUUUUUGAAUCCUUUUGUAGAAGAGGCACAGCGACUUGAAGCGGAAGGAGUUCUGUUUGAAAGGAGAGCACUUCCUUUCAAAAUAUCAACAUUUAUCUGUGACGCCCCUGCUCGUGCACUUGUUCGAAAUGUGAAAGGUCACAGUGGAUAUUAUGGGUGUGACAAGUGUGUUCAAAAGGGGGUCCACUACGAGAACAGGAUGACCUUUCCUCAAACAGAUUCUGCUCCAAGAUUAGACCAUGCAGUCCGUGAUGAACUUUCUGAUGACAGUCAUCAGUGUGGAGAAACGCCAUUGGCAUUGUUGUCUGUUGGUUUGGUCACCCAGUUCCCACUGGAUUAUAUGCAUCUGGUAUGCCUUGGAGUGACAAGAAAGUUGUUGCAUCUUUGGCUAAAGGGACGGCGGCUGACAAGAUUUUCGCCCAGCAUGGUAAAAGAGCUCUCCAGAGUACUCCUGACCUUCACACCUCAUGUUCCGUGCGAGUUCAACAGGAAGCAACGAUCCAUGGAAGAUGUUGAGCGUUGGAAAGCUACAGAAUUCAGGCAGUUCCUCUUGUACACUGGACCAGUCAGCUUAAAAGGCCUUGUACCAACUCAAGUGUACAACAACUUCAUGCUGCUUUCAGUUGGCAUCACCAUCCUACUGAAUGUGUCCCUGUGUGCUGACCUUGCAGACUAUGCACACAGAAUAUUGGUUCUCUUUGUUGAUCACUGCAGCAAGCUUUAUGGAAAAGAACAUGUGACAUACAACAUGCAUGGAUUGGUGCACCUGAGCCAAGAUGCCAAAAAGUAUGGCGUCCUUGAUAACAUAUCAUGCUUCCCAUUUGAAAACUUCCUUGGGUGUCUGAAGAAACUGUUGCGCAAGCCUGCACAACCACUGGAGCAGGUUGUUCGCCGAUUGUCAGAGAGAAGUCAGCACAGAAGAACAAACAUCUCCAAAACAAGGUCCUUGAGAGAGCACAACCAUGGACCACUUCUCAACGGUCUUUCUGUGAAAAAGCAGUAUGAGGAGUGUUACUUUCAAGACUUUGUUGUGAAACGUUCAGAGGGAGACAACUGUGUCCUGUUGGAAAAUAAAGACAUAGUUGUUAUACAGAAUGUCGUAGUUGAUGAAAUGGACAACACUUUGCUCAUCUACAAGAGGUUCCGGAACAUGGUCGAUUUCUUCACUUACCCUGUGGAAUCUUCCAAGCUAGGCAUUUUUCAUUUAUCUGGCCUGUCAGAAACACUCCGCUUUACCCAUAUAGCAAAUGUGCAGAAGAAAUAUUAUCUUCUUCCUUGCCUGGAUGGAAAGGCUGGUUUUCCGUUGAUCCACUUGUAAAAA